AGCUGGUGUCUUUGUUCCGCCAUCUUGAAAGCAGAGAGCUGCUGGAUCCUGGCGACCAAGAUCGAAAUGGAUCAGUACAAACUGGAAAUGAAAGAAGAGGACGUGGACGUUUAUCAAUACCAGAACAAGAGUGAUCCAGAACAGCAGGACCCGAGUUUAACCGAGCAGAACCGCUCUAUCAGCGGAAUAAAGGAGGAGCCGCAGGACCAGAGUUUAAACGAGCAGUUCCUGAAUUUAACCGAGCAGGACCGGUCCAUCAGCGACAUAAAAGAGGAACAACAGGACCCGAGUUUAACCGAGCAGGACCGGUCCACAAGUGGAAUAAAGGAGGAGCAGCAGGACCGUGACCACGCUGGUCCCACAGAUCAACAGGAACACAGAGGAAGAAAAGCUUCAAGGUUGUAUCUCUGUCAGCAAUGUAACCUAGUCUUCACCAGACUAUCAGACCUAAAGAAUCAUCAGAAGGUUCACUCUGAAGAGAAACCAUACAGCUUUGACCAGGGUGGCAAAACCUGCUAUAUGAAGAGUAACUUAAGGACCCAUCAUCAAAUUUCUACUGGAGAAAGACCGUACUCCUGCACCCAAUGUGGUGCAGCUUUCCACAAAUCAAAGGAUGUGAAAAUCCACUGUUGUGUUCAGGCUGUAGAGAAACCUCACUCAUGUGAACAGUGUGGAAAAGCAUUCUCUUACAAAAAAGGUUUACUGGCACACCAACAUGUUCACACUGGAGAGAAGCCUCAUUCAUGUGAACAGUGUGGAAAAGCUUUCUCUCAACGCUGUCAUUUACUGAAACACCAACGUAUACACACUGGAGAGAAGCCUUAUUCAUGUGAACAGUGUGGAAGAGCAUUUUCUAACAGAAGUAGUUUACUGACACACCAACGUAUUCACACUGGAGAAAAACCAUAUUCAUGUGCACAGUGCGGAAGAUCAUUUUCCCAGCUCACUCAUUUACGGACACAUCAACGUAUUCACACAAGAGAGAAACCUCACACACAAGACAAACCUUACUCAUGUGAACAGUGUGGAAAAGCUUUUUCUCACCACAGCCUUUUACUGGCACACCAACAUCUUCAUACUCGAGAGAAAUGUCAUUCAUGUGAACAGUGUGGGAAAGCUUCCUCUCAUAGCAACAGUUUACAGCCACACCAACAUGUUCACACUGGAGGAAAACUUCACUCAUGUGAACAGUGUGGGAAAGCAUUCUCUCGGCUCAGUAAUUUACGAACACACCAACGUAUUCACACCGGGGAGAAACCUUAUUCAUGUGAACUGUGUGGAAAAGCUUUCUCUCAAAGCAGCACUUUACUGGCACACAAACAGAUUCACACAGGAGAGAAACCUCACUUAUGUGAACAGUGUGGAAAAGCUUUUCCUCACAAAAAAAGUUUAUUGUUACACCAAUAUGUUCACACUGGAGAGAAACCUCACUCAUGUACACAAUGUGGAAAAGUGUUUUCUCACCUCAGUCACUUACGUUUACACCAACGUACUCACACAGGAGAGAAACCUUAUUCAUGUGAACAAUGUGGAAAAGCGUUCUCUCGGCUCAGUUCUUUACGGACACACCACCGUAUCCACACCGGAGAAAAACCUUAUUCAUGUGAACUGUGUGGAAAAGCUUUCUCUCAAAACAGUGCUUUUCAUCGACAUCAACGCUUUCACACUGGAGAGAAACGUCACUCAUGUGAACAGUGUGGAAAAGCUUUCUCUCACAAAAAAAGUUUAUUGUUACACCAAUAUGUUCACACUGGAGAGAAACCUAAUUUAUGUGAAUAGUGCCAAAAACUGCCAUUCUUUAGCGCAAUAGAUAAUUGUCCAUUCUUUGCUAUGGAAUAAUACAUAUCUUAAAGCUAAAAAUCUAAAAAAAGUGUUAUUCUCUUCUUUAAAUUGUUAGUGUCCAGAUGAAUUUGACUAUUUGACAUUACAUGUUAGACAUGCAUCUUACUGUGUUUUACUAGAAAGUAGACAAAGCAAUGUGAUGAUGCUUAAUUGAUCACAAUUAUCAGAACUACAUAUGAGGCAUUAAUUACCACAUGCCUUUUCUUUUGUAAUAUAAGUAAUUUGAAUCUCUACAUUAAUUUAAAAAGUGUAGGUAAUUUCUGUAUUGUAGUGGUGUAUGUGUGUGUGUGUGUGUGUGUAUUUAUAGCCUAAUAGCAGUAGGCUUCUUUUGUGUCUUGUGAGUGUCUGCUGCGAGUGAUGUUAUCAGGUCUAGGUGAAUGUCCUAUAACCGUUGCAUUUUGGCAGAAUUGUUGACAAGAAUUUUUGAGAUAGACUUUAGAAAACCUUUGAGUAAACAGUUAAGACUGCUGAUAUUGGACCGUACUAGGUCUGCUCCAAAUGUUGAUGUACAGUAGAGGUUUCUUGGCUGUAUAUAACUAACUGCUUGAUUAAUGAACUUGAUUAAAUUGUUUUCUUUUUAUGACAUAUAACAAAGAUGUGUUAAAAAAUUGGAAACGUG